AAAGAGAAACAUGUGAGUGCACUGAAGAGCAUGCAACACACAACUUAGUGCAACUUUUGAUCACGCGUAUCAACCUUUGUGCACCAACGGGAUUUAACUUCUUGGGAAAGGAGACGUACAAUUUCUGUAUAUAGGCUAAUCCGAUCACUUCUUGUGUUUUUUAUUUCUGAUUAAAAUACAGUAUCAUGUUUUUUCCACUUUAACAACAUCAUAACCAGCACUUGUUUUCAUUUAUUAUCGUAAUUUCUUUUUUUUAAUACCUUUACUAUUAUUUAAUUUAGACUGCUUUGCUUGAAUCACAAUUAGUAAUUCUAUAACAACUUUCUGGACGCGUGGGGACUGUCAUACAGCAGUCCUGGUUUCUGAGCAGUCGCGUGUUCCGCUUUCCCUCUGAAAAUGAUGCAUUUGAAAUGUGUGCUCUUGUUGGCCAUCGCGGCCAAUUUUUGGGAAUGCAGUGAUGCGAAAUUCGGCGAGAAAGGAGAAUUAAGUCCAAGGAGGAGGAGAUGUUACGAUGGAAGUCUGCCGAAACGCCUGAAAAAGAAGGAGAGAAAACUGUCACUGGAGGGAAGCGGCGGAGGGGAGGUUUGUCACAGGCUCUAUCCUCGCGUGUCCUGCUGUCCGUCCAGAAGAGCUCCGUAUCAGAUCCUCCAUCGGAGAGAUGCUCGGAUCUUCUCAACCAAUAACACAGAGUGUUCUAGACUGCUGGAGGAGAUUAAGUGUGCCCAUUGCUCACCACAUGCCCAGAUGCUCUUUCACUCACCCAAACUUGAAAAGGCACCACACAGAGAACAAGAUCUACCCCGCUUAUGUCACGACUACUGCCAAGAGUUCUACUACACCUGCCGGGGACACGUACCAGAACUGUUCCAAGCCGACGUGGAUGAGUUCUGCCAGUACUAUGGAAGGAAGGACGGAGGCCUGUGCUUUCCAGAUUUUCACAGAAAGCAACUGCGCAGAGAUUCCAACUACCUGUUAGAUGAAAAAAUAGAAGUGAUUAACAGAAAACAUAAACACAACUGCUACUGCACUCAGGAGGUCCUUAGUGGUUUUCGACAGCCUGUUGGUGUGGUGCAUUGUGGGGAUGGAUCACAGCGGCUUUUUAUUUUGGAGAAGGAAGGCUUUGUCCGUAUCCUAACACAUGACAUGGAGCUCCUGAAAGAGCCUUUUCUUGACAUUCAUAAGCUGGUCCAAAGCGGCAUAAAGGGAGGAGAUGAAAGGGGCUUGCUAAGCCUUGCAUUCCACCCCAAUUAUAAGAAAAAUGGAAAGCUCUACAUCUCCUACACGACCAACCAAGAGCGCUGGGCUAUCGGACCACACGACCACAUUCUUCGUGUAGUCGAGUACACUGUGUCCAGGAAAAACCCAAACCAGGUGGACACAAGGACCACUAGGGUUUUAAUGGAAGUAGCUGAGCUCCACCGAAAGCAUCUGGGAGGGCAGCUCCUCUUUGGCCCUGAUGGGCUUCUGCACAUUUUUUUAGGUGAUGGCAUGAUCACUUUGGACGAUAUGGAGGAGAUGGAUGGUCUGAGUGAUUUCACAGGAUCUGUCCUUCGGGUGGAUUUGGACACAGAUUGCUGUAGCACUCCUUACUCUAUACCCAGAAACAACCCCUAUUUCAACAGCACAAAUCAGCCCCCUGAAAUCUUUGCCCAUGGACUGCAUGACCCAGGGAGGUGUGCAGUGGAUAAGCUCCGCAUGGACACCAAUGGGAGUCUGCUGAUCCUGUGCACAGAUACUGUUGGCAAAAAUACGACAACAGGCAGGAUCCUACAGGUUAUCAAAGGGAAAGACUACGAAAAUGAGCCAUCUAUGUUUGAUUUGGGGUCAAAUGAAGGUGCCGUCCCAGUUGGUGGAUUCAUCUACCGGGGAUGCCAGUCAAGAAGACUUUAUGGAAGUUAUGUAUUUGGAGACAAAAAUGGGAACUUCAGAAUUCUGCAGAGGCCUUCAGAAGACAGGUCGUGGCAAGAGAAGCCUCUUUGUCUUGGUACUAGCAGUUCCUGUGGUUCCUCGCUGGUCGGCCACAUCCUGGGGUUUGGCGAAGAUGAAUCGGGUGAGGUCUACAUCCUCGCUUCCAGCAAAAGCACGGCGAUACAGUCGCACAACGGAAAACUCUACAAGUUGGUGGACCCUAAAAGGCCACAGGUCCCUAAGGAGUGCAGACGGCCAGUAGAGGAUCCAGAGAUGCUAAGCACCGCUUGCUCACGUGAAUGCAAGAAUGGCCACUGUACACCAACCGGCAAGUGCUGCUGCAGUUCUGGCUGGGAUGGCCCCUUCUGCUUAAGAGCCAAAUGUGAACCAGCCUGUCGCAACGGCGGGGUCUGCGUGGAGCCCAGCAAGUGUCUCUGCAAGGAAGGUUUCUCUGGUAGCCACUGCGAGAAAGGAGAGCGAGGGACACGAGAGGAUGACGAGAAAGACAGCAUCCUGGAGCGCAUCAUUGACAUGACGUCUUACCUGCUGGACCUCACCAGUUAUAUUGUAUAAAAAGCAGGGCAGGAUGAUAACGUGCUCUUCACUGGUUGGCAGACUAAACGUUAAGGAGGUCUUUCAAGAGUUUGCCUUCAGGACACCAUCCCCAAUCUCCAACUGCCCCUCACCUGAUCCUCCUCUCCCACCACUGUUUCAUGAGCCACAGGCUUCGAUCGCCAUGCUCCCCUACACCAUCUGCACUCCCACCCCUAUGCACAAAUACACACGGAAAACAAUAACAGGGUGGCCAAUGGAACCUCAAGGCGCAUAGCUGAAGGGGUCGCAUGUUGGAGGUCCCACGCAGGACUUCCCGGUUUUUACUGCUGGUAUGGUGUGUAAAGUCUGGUCUGCUUUAAAGUCAAGUGUCCCUGCAGGUGGACUCACAAAGCACUGCAAGCCCCACAUGAGACCAACUCGGAUGUUCAGUCCAAUCCCAACAUGAGCACCAGUUUGUAUUACAGGACUAAUUGGGAUUUUAGGGAGUUAAGAAUAGCAACACUCAUUUAGGAAAGUCAGAUGGACAGUCUACCAAACUGAACUGCACCAUUAAGAAAAUCACUUCCGUGGAUUCACAAGUUGAUUGAAGAACGGAGGGGAAUUAGCUGUCAAUACAGCCGCAAAACCAUACAACAGACUUAUCCAGCGGGUCUGUGUAUAACUGGAGAAUCAUUGUGAUGGGACUAGAUGCCAGUUUACAUGCAGUUUAGAAACGGAUCUGCUCAAAUGUCAUCCAUAUAAUUGCUGAAAUGCUCAAUGAGGAUCCAGCAAAGAGUCAAAACUGAAUAUUGGUUGUAUCCCAUUGACGUUUCAUUUAGAUGAAAACGUCAAGUGAAAUGUAAAUCUGUAAGAAUGUUUGGAGAGUCACUUUGAUUACCUUAAUUUAAUACAGUAGUUGGAGAUGACUGGUUAAGAGGUAACUGCACUGGUUAAAGUUGCAGUAUCAGCUAUAUUAUUUUCCAAUAGUUGUUCAUUACCAUGCACGCUGCUUUCAUUGCAAAUUGUAUAUCUUAUCAUAUUUUAAAAUGUUCAUUUAUCUUCUUUCUGUGUUAUAUCGAGCAUAGAAGCUUGUUUUUUCUUCAUAUGGAAAACCCUCGUAAGGUGAUUUUAGCAAAUAUUACAAUCUUUUCACAGAUUCUUUGACACACAAUGGGACGCUUCAUUUUUAAUGUUCUCCAUAUUUU